UGAAUUCCAAAGCCGACGUAUUACAAGCCUUGCACAAGAAGAGACUGGUGGACUGUGAAGCCGAUCAAAAGCACUGCCUGUCUUAUAUUGACUUCCUCCGAAACAAACCAAUUUUUUGGUUCAAUGGCCAUGGAUUUGCUCUCUCCCAAGCUCUUCUUCGUCUUCCCCACUUUUCUUUUUCUCCUCUCAGCUCUCCUAUCCGGUGCUCCUGCAUUUUCUGAUAAUCCAAUUCACUCGCCCCAGAUCAACUCCAAUUCGGUCCUGGUCGCCCUCCUCGACUCCCACUACACCGAGCUCGCCGAGCUCGUCGAGAAGGCCCUCCUGCUGCAGACGCUAGAGGAAGCGGUGGGCCGCCACAACAUCACCAUUUUCGCCCCCUUUAACGAGGCCCUUGAGCAUGGUCUCGACCCCGAGUUCAAGCGCUUCCUCCUCGAGCCUGGGAACAUCAGGUCCUUACAGACCCUCUUGCUAUCCCACAUUGUCCCCAAACGAAUUGGUCUGGACGAUUGGCCUAAGUCAGCCACUGAGUCGAGUCGCCAUGACUCCCUCGCCCACGACCCACUCGAAUUAACAAGUCAGCAUUCAGGUGAGAAAUUUGUGGGCUCGGCGAGGGUGAUAAACCCGCAUGCCUUGAGUCGUCCGGACGGUGUGAUCCACGGGAUCGAACGGAUAUUAAUCCCCCAGUCCGUAGAGCAAGACUUCAACAACCGCCGGAGCCUCGGAUCAAUCUCUGCCGUUAAACCAGAAGGAGCCCCGGAAAUCGACCCCAGAACUAACCGGUUGAAGAAAGCGGCACCACCGAGCAAACCGGGCUCGCCGCCGGUACUCCCAGUCUACGAAGCCAUGGCACCCGGUCCGUCCCUAGCCCCAGCUCCGGCGCCAGGUCCGGGAGGGCCCCACCACCAUUUCAACGGCAUUAAACAAGUCAAAGACUUCAUCCACACCCUCUUACACUACGGUGGUUACAACGAAAUAGCCGACAUGUUAGUGAACCUCACUUCCUUAGCUACCGAAAUGGGAAGGCUCGUGUCGGAGGGCUACGUUGUAACCGUCUUGGCUCCAAACGACGAAGCCAUGGCUAAGCUGACGACGGACCAGCUAAGCGAACCGGGCGCGCCGGAGCAGAUAUUGUAUUACCACGUUAUACCAGAGUAUCAGACGGAGGAGAGCAUGUACAAUGCGGUGAGAAGGUUCGGGAAAGUGAAGUACGACACGCUCCGGUUACCGCACAAGGUGGUGGCUCAGGAGGCCGACGGGUCGGUGAAGUUCGGGCAGGACGAGGGGUCGGCGUACUUGUUUGAUCCCGAUAUUUACACCGACGGUAGGAUUUCGGUGCAAGGCAUUGAUGGGGUUCUUUUUCCGGCAGAGGAGAUCAAAACGGAGGAGACCAAAGUUCUGUCGCGUGUUAAGGUUGCAGCAAAGCCCAGGAGAGGAAAGUUGCUUGAAGUAGCUUGUCGGAUGCUUGGGGCUGUUGGACAAGAUUCCCAUUUUGCCUCAUGCCAUUGAACAAAAAGAAUUUGAGAAAACACCAAAUCCCAUGCGUCGAGCAGAAAACUUCAAGGAAGGAAAAGGAGGUUUCCAGCUUUGACAAGGGACUCGAGCCUGCCGCCAAUUCAAUGGUGGAAAGGGAAGUUGCCAAGCGAUACUUAUGGUGUGGUGGUUUAUUAUUUUGUGUUGGAAGUGAAAGUCACUUGCACAAGACUUGUGAUUUAUUUAUUUUUAAUUCUUAGCCACAAGAUUUGUGAAUUUGUUUUCUAUGUGUAUAAUAAUGGCUGUGCCUCGUGCCUACUUUUGGUUGA